CACUGGGCGGCUAGAUUACAGCGCGUUUUCGGUCCUUUACAACACGCGCGGACAACAUUUGAUGCCGAGCUGUAAUAGCUGAAAACUAAUUUUUUAAUUUUGUAUACGCAUCGUUUUCAAGAACAUCAGCAACAUGGCCACGGCGGAAGCUCAAAUCGGUGUGAACAGAAACUUGCAGAAGCAGGACCUCAGCAACUUGGACGUUUCCAAACUUACGCCCCUUUCACCGGAGGUCAUCUCGCGCCAGGCGACCAUCAACAUUGGCACUAUCGGUCAUGUGGCCCACGGCAAAUCCACGGUGGUCAAGGCCAUCUCCGGCGUACAGACGGUGCGUUUCAAGAACGAACUGGAGCGCAACAUCACAAUCAAGCUGGAACGCUUAAGCGAAAAGAAAAUCAGAAAACUGUUGAGCUCUAGGCAGCAGCGACAGCAGUAUGAGAUCAAGCAACGUUCCUACCUGCGGCACAUGGCCGAAUUGCGGCGCCACAGCCGGUUGCGCUGGAUCUGCUUGAUGCCAGCCCCAUCCGCCGUGCUCAACAUGGAUAGACGAUUCAGCCGCCGCAGCAGCAGCCAGGCCUCGCUGAGUCCCAGCAACAGCAGCGGCUAUGGCAGCGUCUUCGGAUGCGAAGAACAUGACGUGGCCCAAUCUCAUGGCACUAAUCUAAAACGUCGACGUAACAGCAGCUCUAGCACACCUACUCCCAAUUCCAAGCGCUCCAAAAACAACCAGGGACUUGUGGUCAAGAAGCCGCCCAGGGGGGAGUACAUUGUGGAGCGCAUAGAGUGCGUGGAGGUGGAUCAAUACCUGCCCGUUUUCUUUGUCAAAUGGCUGGGCUACAGCUCCAGCAAAAACACCUGGGAGAGCCUUGCCAACUUGGCCGACUGUGCCCAAAUGGAAGAGUUUGUGGAGCGGCACCAGCAGCUGUACGAGACAUACAUAGCCAAGAUAACCAGUGAACUUGAGGAGCAGCUGGAGGCUUUGCCGUUAAUGGAGAACAUCAAUGUGUGCGAAGUGGAUGCCUAUGAUCCCCUCACUCUGCAGCUUGACCUCAUCCUACUGGCCCAAUACCGGGCGGCCAGCAGUCGCAGUCAAAGAGAGCCGCAGAAGAUUGGGGAGCGAGCCCUGCGAGGCAUGCAGCUCAAGCGGGCCCAAUUUUUGCGACGCAAGCAGCUGCUUGACCUCUCCAAGUUCGAGGAGCGCAUGAACCUCGUGGAGCAGCCGUCGCCUCGAAUACGAGUUGAAAACAACGUGGAUCUGGAUACCAUAGACAACAAUUUCAUGUACAUACAGAAGAACAUAAUCGGCGCAGGUGUGCCGAAGCCGGAAGCGGGGCUUCUGGGCUGCAAGUGUGAAGGUGAGGAGGGCGGAGAAGAGUGCGCCGCCUCUACGAAAUGCUGUGCUCGCAUGGCCGGCGAGCUGUUCGCUUACGAUCGGAGCACAAGGCGUUUGCGCCUGCAUCCCGGCAGUGCUAUCUUCGAGUGCAAUAGUCGCUGCUCCUGCAAGGCAAGCUGCUCCAACCGCCUGGUUCAGCACGGCCGACAGAUACCGCUGGUGCUUUUCAAGACAAGCAAUGGCAGCGGCUGGGGAGUGCGCACCCCUACUGCGCUGCGAAAGGGCGAAUUUGUGUGCGAAUACAUCGGGGAGAUUAUCACCAGCGACGAGGCUAAUGAGCGCGGCAAGGCUUACGACGAUAAGGGCAGGACGUAUUUGUUCGAUUUGGACUACAACACGGCCCAGGAGAGCGAGUACACAAUCGACGCAGCAAACUUUGGCAACAUCUCGCACUUCAUCAACCACUCGUGCGAUCCCAAUCUAGCCGUGUUUCCAUGCUGGAUCGAGCACUUGAAUGUGGCCCUUCCGCACCUUGUAUUCUUCACGCUGCGGCCAAUCAAGGCCGGCGAGGAGCUAAGCUUCGACUACAUCCGCGCGGACAAUGAGGACUUGCCCUACGAAAACCUCUCGACGGCUGUGCGCGUAGAGUGCCGCUGCGGAGCGGGCAAUUGCCGGAAAGUCCUCUUCUAAGCGGACAAGAACUUUCCCAUUUUUUUAUGAUUUUCCUUGAACUACAUUGAAUUGAAUUUUUUAGCACCUAAGUUAGACCUUGCUAGCCAUCUAAUGCAAAUUUUACUUUACAAACAGUUAAUGGCAUUUUAAUUAUUUAUUUGUUAAUUGCUUGCACUGCCGAAUGCCGAUUAUGGAUGGAUUUGAUCUUUGUUAAGUUUGAUCAAGGCUUGACUAGAGAAUUAAUUGAAAAUUUUGUAUAAAUUGUACAUGUAAUUUUAUACAUUUCAUUACUUGUAUUAUUGAAAUAGGUUACAGUAGUGUUUUGACAAACACCUUUACAAAGUGCUGAAAUUAUGUACGGUAUUAUGUGUAUAACUGAUUUCAAAAUAAAUAUCUUUCAAUAAUUAA